AUGCUCAAUAAGUACACACUUGAAUUUCUAUUCAAGGAUUAAGCAGAACAAUAUGAAAACUAUUCCAAAUCAACUAAACUGAGAGAAGUAACUUACUUCACCAUCUAUUCAGUUGUAAUUAUUCCAUACUAUACUAGUCUUUUUCCAUUCUAAACACAACGAAAUUUAUCUUGCGAGAUUCUAUUCCUUAUUCAAUACUUAGUGGAUUAUCUAUUAUUAUUUUAUUGAUUUUAUGGAAAGUAUUAAAAAAAAAGCCUCACUUAAUCAAUUUAAUUGUAACAAUUUAUCAAUCCUUUUUACUUUGUGCUUUUAAAAUACCAUAAUUGUUUGAAGGUACAUCCAAUCCAACUUUAGAUCAAUCUUGGUAUUAUGGAUUUUAGUGUGGAUACUUACAUUUUAGUGUUUAUCUUUUAAGUGCUAACUUUAUUUAUUAAACCUUUUUACUUACGAUUAUUAUUGGAAUUCACUUAUAUUAAGAUAAUAUAGACAUUAAAGAUGGAAUCAUAAAUAUAUUUUUAUUUGUUUUUUUGGCUAUGAGUAUGAUAGCAAUAAAAUACAAUUAUGAAAAAACUAAAAAGGAGUAAUAUGUAUAAAGUUGUCAACAAGAAAGAUGGGAAUAAUUAUUAUCUAAAGUACUUUCAAGUUCCAUUUUGCUUGUGUCUCAUGAUAAAAAAUAAGAUUAAUUAUAACUUGAAAAAGAAAAUAAAUUUUCAUCAAUAUUAUUUCGAUUAAAAGACAGCGAGAAUUUACGAUAGUUACUGAGAUAGGUAAAUGAAUUUUCCAUUUUUUUAAGUUAAUUGUAUCUUCCAGUAGUGAUCCAGAAGAUAGUGUCUCAAAUUUAGUAUAUGUUAAUUUAGAAACCACUUUGAGGAGAUUUUUAAUCCAUACACAAGAAUUUACCGAUACUUUUAAAACUUAUAAAUAUACUGUUCAACAUUAACAAACUUAGAAAUUAUAUAAUGUCAAAAUACUCAGAUGUGUUUUUAAUAAUAAACUAUAAUGCUUAAUCAUUAUAGAUCCUAAGAAAAAAUAUUUUUAUAAUUAAACUUAAGUUUUAUGGAGUAUUCUUUAAAAUAUUACAGAAACGGCUAAUGAGUAGUCACGUUUUUUAAUCAAAAUAUUAAAUAAAUUUAAUCAAAUAUCCAUUAAAUAGAAAUUCCCAGAUUAAAAAUUCUAUUUUAAUCAUAAUUUCAUACAGAAUAUUUAAAUCAUUUUCUAACAUAAAUCAAAUCGCCUAAAAUUAUAAGAUAUAACCCAAAUAUCACUAUAAACAGUUCUUGAUCCCUUAAUUGGAAUUGAUUCUUAAAAAAUAUAACUUACAAAGUCCUUUAUUCAUGACAUUUCAAUAAUUUAGUAAUUAUUAAUAUCAUGCUUUUACAUAAUUUAAAACAUUUUUAAAGAUAUGAGAAUUAAAUAAAUACUAAUAGAAAAUCAAAAUAAAGAGAUUUUCUUUUCAAUCAAAAUAACGGAGAGAGAUAAAGCAAUUUAAUAAAAGAUUUUAGAAAUCUUACAGACAAACUGGGUUAAGUCCCCUAAAGGAUUUUUUCAUAAAAAUACUAGACAUCAAUCACUCUUAGAAAGGAUGAGUUAUUUAACUUAAUAAUUUUAGAUACCUAUAAAUUUGCUACUAAAUAUUAGUAUAACAUAAUUAAUUCUUUCAGAGUUUGGAGUUUAUAAUCACUUCAAUAUAAUAGAAGCUCAUAAUGAAUUUACUUUCAAAUUUUCUUUAGUUGCCUAAAUUUAAUGA